GAAAUAAGUGGAAAAGAAUUGAUGCGUGUGUGUUGCUCGAAUUCAAUUGUUGAUAAAAUUUUGGCUGUUUUUGUUUUUAACUUGUGUUUGUGGCUGAUGCGCAUCGCCAUUGAAGCGGCAUUUUAUUGAUUGCAUAUGGCAAACUGGCGCUUGGCACGCGACGCCGGCCUCCAACCCAAGGACAAUAGCGACCCCUACAUAGGCAGACGACAUUAACGUGUUUGUUUUGUUAUGUUUUGUUUAGCUUUGUAAUUCAAGACCAAAACUAAAACCGCUCAAAUUGUGUUUGUUUUGGAUAGCUCGGCCAUUCACUCAGUGCCGUCGAUUUGUGGCAGCUGCGUUUUUACGUGUGACGACAAACUAAGGGAGCAUUAGCAUAAUAAGCCCCUUUAAUUAAUUAUCUGAAUUAAAUAACAAUAAAAUAAUGUCGAAUACAACUGAGCGCUGCGAAACCGAUCGCAUAUCCAACAUAGAGCUGCAAUCGAAUAAACGCAUGCUUUACUUCAGCGAUGGCGUCAUGGAGGAACUCUCAUCCAGCGAUAGCGAUAUGGAGGCGGACGUGCCUGAUAAGGGCUACGAUGUCCAGCUUGAGCGCGAAUUGCCUCUUGUGCCACGCCUACGUUACAAGGCCAGCAAGGUGGGCAACAACAUACUGGCCGGCAUUGACUAUGUGGGCGGUGGGCUGGCCUCCUUUCUCGGCAUCUCAGGCUCCAAAUAUGCCAGCGAACUGAAAUAUCAUCAGCGGGAGAGGGAACAGAAGGAAUCCGACGCUGCCGCCACCGACGAGGACCCUGACAACAAUUGGCAAUCGCAAGCAACUAACAACAACAGCAGUAGGGGCAACAAUCGUCACAACAAUAGGAUUGUCGUUUGUGAGCCCGUUCGCAGUAACGGCUACGUGGAAGCGCAACCACAGCCAUCGUUGCCACCUAGUCGACAAUAAAAAUUAAAUGUUCGAUGACCUCGCCAGUAAUAAAACAAGCAAUGAUAAAAACAACCUUGAAGGAUAUUGCCAUGAAAAUGCUCAUCCGGUGAAAUCGUAAAAAUUGUGUGUAAGCUCUGUACAUAAUCAAUAUGUAUAAUAAGUAAGAACUUCAAUCAUUUUCGACACUUUAUUCGCUAUAAAUAAGUUACAAAAUACAAAAUACAUAUUUAUAAACAAUUUAAA